CAAAACAGCGCUGAGCACUGCCUGUCAGUGCUGGUGUGCACACUCAUUUUCUUAAAGCAGUCCAAAUCUGCAGCUGAAAGAAAUGUUGGGAGAGGAGGAGCUCUGAAAGCAGAAACAAGAGCAGGUUUAACCUUCCUAAAGUUUCAGUAGAUCUGUUAUGAGUGUCAAAAUGGACAUGCUGGAAAAAGGUACUGGAUUCGGCAGGAACACCUUGACUGGUUCUUGGCAUCCAGCAAACACAGCUCUGGGGCAAUCAGCCUCAGCUCCACCUCUGUCUCGUGGCAGCAUUCGGCUUGGAAGAGCACAUCUGGCUGCUAGGUCCAGAACAGAGGAGCAGGCAGCUCUGCAGCAGGACCAAGUACAGCAGGAUAAGGUCUGGAGGGAGUCUGUGGAGGCUGAACGAAGAGGAAGAAAAAUCUGGUACCAGAACUGGAGUUUCCUAAAGGACUACGACCAAAUGGGUAACAAAAAGGAACAGAAGCCUCUACCAGACUACAUCUCUGUGUUUUCAAACACAGUUCCCAAUUCCACCAACCAGAACAUUGGCAGCAGGAUGAAUACUGAACUUGGCAAGAUGCUGAUAAACAUGGAUUAUCUCUUCAGCAGGGGAGCACAAAAGAGGAAACUUGAAGAUGACCUCCAGCUUUCCUAAUGCUUCAAGUAAAAAUACCAGUAACAAAGCAAGUGAAAGAGAUCUAGCCAACAGACUUCUUUCAGAUUGAAAAUAGCAGGUAACAAAUUCCUCAUCUUCCAUCAGAGAUCAAUAAUGCUGUCCAGCAUGGAACUUUUUCAAGAGCAAAGACGUAUGCCACCAAGCAAUGCCUAAGGAGACAAUCCUCUUCAGAUUUGAGGUAACUGGGUCAUAUACAGUGAGUCAGGACCACAGAUCCCAUCCAUUUUCCUAUGCAAGGCCACUGUAACAUUGCUACUAACAUCAGAAAGAGUAAGUUUAGAGCCAAAGGGCAAUUUCUUCCUGAAUUUUUACCUCCUGAAAAGAAACAAUUACUGGAGAUCAGCUCAGAUGAGCUGCACCACAAAUUACACUGACUGAAAGUCAAUGCAAUAAAAUGCAGUAGGUUGUUGCAUUUCAUCUAUUUAGCCAAGGAUUCACCAGCUUGUCACUUGCAUGUUUAAGCUUGUUCCAAGAGUGAAAUUGAAGGCAAGCAAGAUGUGUUAUGCGCAUUUUCAAGCCUCCCUGCUGA